AAGACAGUUUUUCAGAAGUGAUGUCUCAAGUCAGUAAUGUACAUGCCAGAGGGAUGUACACAAAAAUCUUUGAUGUUCUUUUCAUGGAGGUUCAGGACAACAGAGUAUUGGGUGGUUUUGUCAGUUUCCUCCUGACUGCCAAGUGUACAGAUAAUGUUAAUGAGAGAUAACAUAGUAUGUACAGGGGAAAUAGCUUUGCAGUUAGAACCUGCUUUUAUCUGUGGAACUACCUCAGAUUUGUUAGGAUUCAAGUACAUAAAAUACCUAGUACAUAGGCACCCAUUAAGUGUUACCUUAGAAACCUUCCUACCCUGUUUUCCUCAAUGGUCUUAAAGCACCAGUGUUUUAUGCUAUAGCAUUAUGCAUAUUAUGCUUGUUUCAUUUCUCACUGUGAACUCACUCUUAAAAUGGCAAGGACUUUUAGUGUUUACCAGAGAGUAUCUUACCAGAUAUCUUAGUUUGUUCAUGCUGCUGUUACAGAAUAUCAGAGACUGGGUAGCUUACAGAAGGAAAAAAAGGUUUCUUUUUUUUGGGUUGUACUGGGCUUAAACUCAGAGCCUCACACUUGCUUGGCAGAUGCUUACCACCACUUGAACCACUCCACCAGCCCCCAUGGUGUGUGGUUCUUAGGACUGAACCCACAGCCUUGUGUAUGGUAGACAAUUGCUCUAUCACUGAACUACAUCCCCAGCCCACUCUGUUUUCUUUUUUAAUUUUUAAUUAAUUUAUUUCUCACAGUUAUGGAGAAGUCGAAGAUCAAAUUGCUGGCAAAUUCGUGGAUGUCUGGAGAGGGCCUGGUUCUUAGACAGCUACCUUUCCAGUGUCAUGUUAUGUAGUGGAAGGGUGAAAGAGAUUCUGUUGGGUCUCCUUUAUAGGACACUUAUACCAUUAAUGAGGGCAUAUUCUGCCAAAAGCCCAUCUUCUCAUACCAUCACCUUAGAGGUUUCAAUGUAGGAAUAUUUUGGGGGUGGAGAGAACACGUAUAUUCAGACCAUAGCGCUGGAGUUACCAGUAAGUUAGCAAAUGAUAAACUUAACACUUGUCAAGUACCUACUGUGGUGGUUAUGAGCUGAGUGAGGUUACAGGGACCACAAAAACCUGAUAGUCUAGUCACUUUCUCCAUGUAACACUAUUUUUUGUGAAGUCCUCUCAUAUAAUGGAACUUCAUUCUUCCAUCCCUGUCUUAGGGAUGUUCUGUCUUAGGGCAGUUCUAUAGACUCAAGACCUAACCAGCUGCAGCUCUCACCCCCCUCCCAUUUUCUUUUUUUUGUACAAUCAUCUGGCACAUGCAUUACUUCACAUCUUGGUCCUAGCCUACCACUCAGUAUCAGUAUGAUGUGUUAGCGUUUGUGUGUGUGUGUGUACAUAAAAUAAAAAUGUAUUCUGGCACUCUCCUAUAAAUACUAAAAGUGAUGGGAGCAAUCAUUUUGUGUGCUGAUAAUAGACUCAUAGGUGUUGCAAACCUGAGAAGGACUCUUCUUGAGGUCAGCUACUCCAUUCACUUUAUGAAUGAGGAAGUUAAAAGUAUAAAACUUUAAAAUGGUUUUCUUUUCACCUAGGUGGUAGAGCCAAACCAGUCUUUAGCCUCUACUUCAGGUUCCUGUUUGCACUGGCACAAGUUCUGUCCUACCUGUUGGAAAGAAAGAGUAGUUAUCCUUACUGUGGUAAUUACCCACCCACCUUUGUGGAGUUUUAGGCUGUACUCUGUGCAUGUCUUUGAAUCAACAUACGUUUUAAUUUUUCUAGAAUAAACAUCUUACUUUGGAAUUAGUGGAUCAUAUGGUUAAAAAUCUGUAAGACCCUGAUUUUAGAAUUCACCAGCUCCUCAGAAGUUUGGCGAAAUAUGAGUUAUUAAGUCUACGCUCAGAUCAAGUUAGCAACUAGACUGGUGUGACAACCUGUUUUUAAUCAGUGACUCAAAGCUGUGAUCACCCUGAUGUCACCGAAUGGCCACAGCUUGUAAAAGAUCACCAGGAGAACCUCAGUCUGACGACACUGAAGCUAGCCGAAUGAAGCGAGCAGCUGCAAAGCAUCUAAUAGAACGCUACUACCACCAGUUAACUGAGGGCUGUGGAAAUGAGGCCUGCACGAAUGAGUUUUGUGCUUCCUGCCCAACUUUUCUUCGUAUGGAUAACAAUGCAGCAGCUAUUAAAGCCCUGGAGCUUUAUAAGAUUAAUGCAAAACUCUGUGAUCCUCAUCCCUCCAAGAAAGGAGCAAGCUCAGCUUACCUUGAGAACUCGAAAGGUGCCCCUAACAACUCUGAGAUAAAAAUGAACAAGAAGGAAGGAAAAGGAGCUAGAAUUGAUUUUAAAGAUGUGAAUUACUUAACUGAAGAGCUGGUAUAUGAAAUUCUUGAAUUAUGUAGAGAGAGAGAGGAUUAUUCUCCUUUAAUCCGUGUUAUUGGAAGAGUUUUUUCAAGUGCUGAGGCAUUGGUACAGAGCUUUCGGAAAGUCAAACAGCAUACUAAAGAAGAACUGAAAUCUCUUCAAGGAAAGGAUGAAGACAAAGAUGAAGAUGAAAAGGAAAAAGCUGCAUGUUCUGCUGCUGCUAUGGAAGAAGACUCAGAAGCAUCUUCCUCAAGGAUAGGUGAUAGCUCACAGGGAGACAACAAUUUACAAAAAUUAGGCCCUGAUGAUGUUUCUGUGGAUAUUGAUGCUAUUCGAAGGGUCUAUACCAGAUUGCUCUCUAAUGAAAAAAUAGAAACUGCCUUUCUCAAUGCACUUGUAUAUUUGUCACCUAAUGUGGAAUGUGACUUGACGUAUCAUAAUGUAUACUCCCGAGAUCCUAAUUAUCUGAAUUUGUUCAUUAUUGUAAUGGAGAAUAGAAAUCUCCAUAGUCCUGAAUAUCUGGAAAUGGCAUUGCCAUUAUUUUGCAAAGCUAUGAGCAAGCUACCCCUUGCAGCCCAAGGCAAACUGAUUAGACUGUGGUCUAAAUAUAGUGCAGACCAAAUUCGGAGAAUGAUGGAAACAUUUCAGCAACUUAUUACUUACAAAGUCAUAAGCAAUGAAUUUAACAGUCGAAAUCUAGUGAAUGAUGAUGAUGCUAUUGUUGCUGCUUCAAAGUGCUUGAAAAUGGUUUACUAUGCAAAUGUAGUGGGAGGGGAAGUGGACACAAAUCACAAUGAAGAAGAUGAUGAAGAACCCAUCCCCGAGUCAAGCGAAUUGACACUUCAGGAGCUUUUGGGAGAGGAACGAAGAAACAAGAAAGGUCCUCGAGUGGACCCACUAGAAACUGAACUUGGUGUUAAAACUUUGGAUUGUCGAAAACCACUUAUCUCUUUUGAAGAGUUCAUUAAUGAACCACUGAAUGAUGUUCUAGAAAUGGAUAAAGAUUAUACUUUUUUCAAAGUAGAAACAGAGAACAAGUUCUCUUUUAUGACAUGUCCCUUUAUAUUGAAUGCUGUCACAAAGAAUUUGGGAUUAUAUUAUGACAAUAGAAUUCGCAUGUACAGUGAACGAAGAAUCACUGUUCUCUACAGCCUAGUUCAAGGACAGCAGUUGAAUCCGUAUCUGAGACUCAAAGUCAGGCGUGACCAUAUCAUAGAUGAUGCACUUGUUCGGCUAGAGAUGAUUGCUAUGGAAAAUCCUGCAGACUUGAAGAAACAGUUAUAUGUUGAAUUUGAAGGAGAGCAAGGAGUGGAUGAGGGAGGUGUUUCCAAAGAAUUUUUUCAACUGGUCGUGGAGGAAAUCUUCAAUCCAGAUAUUGGUAUGUUCACAUACGAUGAAUCUACAAAAUUAUUUUGGUUUAAUCCAUCUUCUUUUGAAACUGAGGGUCAGUUUACUCUGAUUGGCAUAGUGCUGGGUCUGGCUAUUUACAAUAAUUGUAUACUGGAUGUACAUUUUCCCAUGGUUGUCUACAGGAAGCUAAUGGGGAAAAAAGGAACUUUUCGUGACUUGGGAGACUCUCACCCAGUUCUAUAUCAGAGUUUAAAAGACUUGCUGGAAUAUGAAGGGAAUGUGGAAGAUGAUAUGAUGAUCACUUUCCAGAUAUCGCAGACAGAUCUUUUUGGUAACCCAAUGAUGUAUGAUCUAAAGGAAAACGGUGAUAAAAUUCCAAUUACAAAUGAGAACAGGAAGGAAUUUGUCAAUCUGUAUUCUGACUACAUUCUCAACAAAUCAGUAGAAAAACAAUUCAAGGCUUUUCGUAGAGGUUUUCAUAUGGUGACCAAUGAAUCUCCCUUAAAGUACUUAUUCAGACCAGAAGAAAUUGAAUUGCUUAUAUGUGGAAGCCGGAAUCUAGAUUUCCAGGCACUAGAAGAAACUACAGAAUAUGACGGUGGCUAUACCAGGGACUCUGUUGUGAUUAGGGAGUUCUGGGAAAUUGUUCAUUCAUUUACAGAUGAGCAGAAAAGACUCUUCUUGCAGUUUACAACAGGCACGGAUAGAGCACCUGUGGGAGGACUAGGAAAAUUAAAGAUGAUUAUAGCCAAAAAUGGCCCAGACACAGAAAGGUUACCUACAUCUCAUACUUGCUUUAAUGUCCUUUUACUUCCGGAAUAUUCAAGCAAAGAAAAACUUAAAGAGAGAUUGUUGAAGGCCAUCACAUAUGCCAAAGGAUUUGGCAUGCUGUAAAACAAAAUCAAAUCAAUACAAAACAAAACAAA